AUUUCUUUCAAUGCAACGUCCGUCAUUCGACGAAUAUCCGCCAGUACUUCUUCCUUUAAUACCGGCUUUAUCAGAAGUGAAUCGACUGCGUUAUAGAAUUGAUUGCUACGUUCUGCUGAUCAUAUCAACAACAACCGUUAGCAGCCUGAUACUAACAUGUGAACUCGCGCAUAGAUGUACUCUAAGCUUCGUUACGAGUCGAAAUCAGUAUAUGUUCAAUGUGUUCAAUGAACGAUCGUCGCGCGGGGGAGCGUUUCAAGGAGAGUUCAGCGCCUUGAGGCGACCUCAAGGCGAUUCUUAUCAGGCUUCUAUUUGCCGUCGAGGAAAAUGUUUUUGAUUUCAUACAUAUAGUGCCCAGCGUCACUUCGUACAGGACGUCAAGUCACCCACCUCCGAGAUAUCCACCCUCGUUUUCGCCAUGGAUUUGGAUGAUUUCGAGCAAAUUCAAAAUGCCCAGAAUAAGGACACAACGAUUGAUUUGGGAACUAGCGAUGAUGCCUCAAGUGCUUUGGAAUAUUUCGAUGCGGUGUGGUACUCGUUCACUUCCCGCAGGGGCCGUGUCAUGGAUCUCAUAGGCGACUAUGGUGGUAAUGAGUUGUUCAUUAUUGAUGGCGAAUCCCUCUUCCAGAACGUGUUGGACGAUCAUCUGCUAGCUUUGGCAGAUGAAGAAGAUCCCAGCUUCCAAAUCUUACACGCCCUUUACGCCCUUGAAUGUACUCUCAAUGAUUUUCGCAAAAGAUCAGCUGUCUUUGAUGUCGUCUUUUUCAACGACACCCGUCAUCGUACCCUUGGCACAGGUGGACACCCUUUCGUGCUCAGAUCGCGAUCUUUGGCGCGCGCCAUCUUGUACCAACACCUUAAGACACUGGACAUUUCCGUGCACUCCUUUGAUAAUACAUCGGACCCUCGCUGGAUUUCCUAUCUAAAAGUCCACAGACCUAUGUUUGCUUUGCUGAAUGAUGGAGGUCCCGUCGAAGCUACAGAUAGUCCUCUAGAAGCGGAGUGUGUGCUGCAACAGCGGACCCUUAUAUUCGAUCUCAUCUCGCAAGGCGUUUCGGUAGCGCUUCUGGAGGGCGCGGAGUUUAGAGAUUCGAAGAUAUCGUCUCUCGUCAUCGAGCAACGGCAGGGCGUCGAUGCUCGAGGACAACUCAAAGCUAAACAUUGGCAAAGAGUCGAACAAGCAUUGGUAGCCCUCAACUCUGAAGAAACAAGGAUUCGCGGUGGCUCUCUUCCAAUUUCUCUCCACCACUUUUCUACGCCAACGCAACAAGGAACUAUAGAAACUGUAGUAUCUAAUGUGCUCUCUGCAUUCCUGGCUCUGAAGCCUCGCCGAGAGGUGGGGACCCCUGAACUCCUUUUCGCCUUCGUUGCACAUCUCUUGCUUCUACCUGAGCUUCCUAUUCAAGACCGAGCAAGGCCAACUCCGAACCUGGGCGACUCUUUGAAUGAACGCUUGCUUUCCAAGUUCCUUCCACUUAUCUUCACUGCUGUUGAGACUGUUCAGGCUACAGACCAUCCGCUCGACAUUGAUGGCCGUGUAUUUAUCGAACUCCUUCUGUUCCUUAUGCAACAUCCUGACAUGCCGCUCUCCGAGGCUGUUGGCGAGGAGGUCGCUAACCAGCUGACCAUGCUAUGGAAGUUGCAUAAACUUCCUUCCGCGAACUUCGCCAGCUUGGCUCCUCGUUACCCACAUCCGGCACCUGAAGCACGAGAUUCAGAGGAGCCAGAAACUUUCGGUGUUCUCCCCUUCCACAAUGCUGUUUUCGACGACCUGCUCUCUGACGUCUACGUGGAAGUCGAUGAGCAGGAGGAACAAAGUGGAGCAGCUCAACUUGAGUUCUCACAGGCAUUCGUCGAUUUGCAUCAUUGGCAUAAUCAUCGUCGGCCUGUGUUGCCCAAACAUCUUGGUGGUGACAAUCCAAAACCGGCCAACCAGUGGCAACGCAUGCGUCAGCUUCGUCGCAACCAAAAUUUCAUGGCCCAGUUGGAACGGCAGGCAAAUACACUCACUGGUGCGUUUGGGAAGACGCUUCAACGCUUAACGAUCACAGGAUCCUCUGAUUCCACCAACCGUCGCAAUGAGCAGCAUGCUCAGGCACCAUCCCGGAAACAAGCCAAAGCUGUGAAGGAGUCCGCAGCCCAGCGCAUACGACGUGAACACGCGGAGAAGAAGCAAGCUGAGGAAGACGAGUCUAAUCAAAAGUGGUGGACAAAUGAACUACAACGCCUAUCUUCGAUGCCGCUUUCCCAAAAGGUCGUUCACAUCGAGAAUAUGCUGCGUAACUCCAAACGUGCAAAUGGAAAUGGAUGGUUGGCUGUCGAGAUGCGGCUGUACGAGUUAAACCUGGAAAUCCUCAGUUGGCUCGAACAUCCGGAUCAUGACAGUACGUCUCAUGCUUCACGCUUGCGAGAUGACUACACAGUCUCCAUCAUGCGCAAGGUGAAAACUAUGUCCGAAAAUGGGGGACUUUUCUAUGCCGCGUCCAAAGCCAUCGCUUCGGUGCUGGUUGCUCUCGGAUUGACUGAACUUCUGGCCGAACUGGUUGACUCGUCACCGAAUGCUAGAGAUGAUGACAAACGACGUCUUAAUUUCGAGUUCGUCAAACUCAUCAAGUCCAAGUCUGGCUCGCCUAUCCACAAGUUCAUGCGUAUCACUGAAGACCCAGUCAUAUGGCAGCUUCGCCUCUUUGGGGAGUACAUGGACAGAAGUAUGGAUAGCCAGCCAGAUCCUCGGGUUUCUUUCGAGCCCGAUGCAUGGCAGCGCAAAGUUCUAGAUUGCUUGGACGAUGAAGGCCAUUCGGUUUUAGUCGUCGCACCCACGAGUGCGGGUAAGACAUUCAUUUCGUAUUAUGCUAUGGAGAAGGUAUUACGAUCCAACGACGAUGAUCUCUUGGUUUACGUGGCACCUACCAAAGCACUUGUGGCGCAGAUUGCUGCUGAGGUUUGUGCAAGGUUCAGCAAGUCAUACAAGACCGGUCGCAGCUGCUGGGCCAUUCAUACUCGGGACUACCGUAUUAAUGAUCCUAUAAACUGUCAAAUCCUCGUUACCGUGCCUGAAGUACUAGCAAGUCUUCUGUUAUCUCCCCCAUUGGCGAACGUUUGGACACCGAGGAUCAAACGAAUCAUUCUGGAUGAAAUCCAUUCAAUCGGUCAGCAGGAAGGGGGAGCAGUCUGGGAACAGAUCAUUUUGCUGGCGCCAUGCCCUAUCAUUGGCCUUUCCGCUACCGUCGGAAACCCGGAGCAAUUCAACACUUGGCUCGAGUCCGUACAGACUGCACAUGGGUUCAAACAUUCUUUCAUACAACAUCCUCAUCGAUAUUCGCACUUGCGCAAGUUCUUUUACCUUUUCUCCGAGAAGGCGAAAACCGCAAGCUCUCUUGCUCUUGGGCUUAACGGCUACCGCGACACUGAUAGGCUCAGGUUCCUUCACCCCGUGUCUAUGCUAUCCUUCGGUGUACGCGAUUUACCCCCUGACUUCGCAUUGGAGGCGUCUGACUGCCUUUCACUGUACCGUGCAUUGACGUCUCUCAAUGUCGGCGACAACGAUAAAAUUCAGUCUCUCGAUCCUUCCACCUACUUCCACCGGAAUACUCUUCUGCGUCAGAAGGAUAUCAUCCAAUAUGAAGAAAACCUGAAAGACGUUCUCAACAACAUCAUAUCUAUUUCGGAUCCACAAGACCCCGAAUCUCCUCUUCAACGAGUCGCCCAGCACGUACAAGAUCCCGCUAUUUCUCGUUUAUCUAUUGCUCAGCAGAACGCUCUACCUUCUAAGCAGGCGUUCUUCGACAACUUGCUUCCCUUCGUCGCCGACCUGCACUCUAAGGGAGACUUGCCCGCGAUUUUGUUCAAUUUUGAUCGUACAGCCUGCGAGAAAAUGGCCAUACAUAUCGUAAACGCACUCGAAGCCGCUGAGCAAGAAUGGCGAAAAGGGCCGGAAUGGCAAGAAAAAUUGCGCCAGUGGGAACGAUGGCAGAUGAAAGUAAAAGAUCGCCAACGUCAAGCCCAGAAGGCUGCAAAGCGGGAUAAGAAGAACAAAGAUGAAGAGCAUGUUGAAUCGACCAGGUCGUGGGAGGAGACAUUUGACCCAGAUGACCCAUCUCCUCAAUUUUCAUUCGCUUCGGCCAAAGGCUCUUACACAAAAACGGAUUUAAUGGCCGACUUGGAAGAUAUUCGAUGGGUAAAUAUACCCUUAUGGGCAUUGAAUUGCCUGCGGAGAGGAAUAGCUGUCCAUCAUGCCGGGAUGAACAAGCAUUACAGGACGUUAAUAGAGAGUCUCUUCCGUCUAGGCUAUGUUCGAGUUGUUAUUGCAACUGGAACACUGGCCCUGGGUAUAAACGCGCCCGCAAAGACAUCUGUAUUCUGUGGCGAUUCUCCCUUCCUUACAGCGCUUCAGUUUCGACAAUGCGCAGGACGAGCUGGCAGGCGAGGUUUUGAUCUCUUGGGUAAAGUCGUAUUUUAUGGUCUGGCGAUGGAUCGAGCCCAACGAUUGGUUCUAUCCAAAUUACCAUCUCUGGGCGGAAAUUUCCCCUUGACGUCAACAAUGGUGCUUCGGUUGUUCAACCUUCUCCAAGGAUCAAACUACGCACCUACAGCGGUGACUGCUAUUCAGCGAUUAUUGACACUUCCACAUGUCAGUUUCAUAUCAGACACAGGGAAACACCAAUUGUUGCAUCAUAUCCGAUUCAGCAUUGACUACCUGCGACGAGCAGGUCUGCUGGAUGCAUCCGGUAAUCCAAUCGACCUGUUCGGUAUUGCGGCUCACUUGUAUUACACGGAGCCGAGCAACUUGGCAUUGGUUGCGCUUUUCCGCAAGGGUGUCAUUCACCGUAUCUGUGGACAACCCAGUAUGAUUAAUGCAAAGAGGGAUUUUUUCCUUCUCAUGGCUCAUCUCUUCAAUCGCCAGAAGAUACCUAAAGUCUACACAUCCGCAGCGAACAUAAAAGAGCAAAUCAGGAAAUCUCCUUCGAUGGUUAUUCUUCCUCCUCUUCCCGAUCGCGCUAGGGAGGUACUGGUGCAACAUGACGAGGAGAUCCUGCAGGUCUUCUCAGGCUAUGCAAAAGCAUUUGCGACACACUAUCAAAAGGACUUAGGGAGCGAUCACACUCUUCCAUUCAGCAGCAAAACCUAUCCUGUUCCGGAUGUGGCCGGCAAAUCCACGAAUCAGUUUCAAGCUGAUCUACGAACAACUGCUGUUCGUGUCAAACUACGAUCCGUUUUCGUCGCCAAUUCCGGGCACACGGAUUGCUUUGAAAGCGUCUCUGAGCUCAGCCAAACAGCAAGGACAGGUCUCCAUCUCAACGACCAUGCAAUUCCAACCAUGCACUCGUUCACUACGCUAGGUUCGGACGGAGAUCUCACGUUCGCUUUGAAUGCCUAUCUACUGGACUUCUAUAUUCAUGGACAAACGCAACCAUUGGUUGUUGCCAAUGGCAUCAGGAGGGGAGACUUGUGGUAUCUUUUGCAAGACUUCACACUUGCUCUCAAAGCCGUGCGGUCAAGCUUGGAGGAGCUUCUGUUAGGCGUGUCUAAAGGAAAUGCGGAAGGUGACGAGGAUCUGGAAGGAAGUGUCACUGCCGUAGAUCCAGCUGAGAGAGAUGAUGAUUCCGACGAUGAUCGCACCAGGGUUGAUUCUGAAACGGUCGUGAAACGUCCAAGAGGUGUGAGCGAUCGUGAUUGGAGGGUGUUCGAGAUUGUGGAUGCCGUUACGAAUGAGUUUGAGGAGAAGUUCAAGGCUAUGUGGGCAUAGGAACAGUAAUCCAUGUAGUCGUGGUCUGUCUAUCGAUGUAGGUCUUGUAUCUAGUUAGUCGAUCUAUGUGUAGCUCUGGCCUAGUAGGCUUGUCGUCUCAUAUAGGGACAUAGUAGAUUCCGGUGUUGUGAAGAAUAUCGUUCACUGGUCGAUACUAGACUACUAUCUCCUGCGUGACGAUCGUGCUAAAACGGAUGAGAUAUGAAAGGAUGCGCUAAAUGUCGCAGGGAUACAAGUCAUAAAUUAUGGAUAAUUAC